AUGCUGUUUAGUUGGGUAUUUAAUUUUUUACUUCUGAUACACAUACUGCAGGCAUCACAAUUAUCGAAUAUCAAGAAUAUUUUAAAUGUCACAAAUGUUAACAUUCCUACAUUAAACUUGACUGCCAGCAACGACGACACUUUUCAACUACUAGGUGAUAUAGAUGGAUUAUCCUUCUAUCGAUAUAAGGGCCAACAAAACUUCACAACAGGAAUAAUACCUGGUUCCAAUUCCAAUGGUUUAAUAUAUUACUCUAACAAUACCCUUAUUCAAUUAGAAGAACCUUCGAACGACACUUAUAUAGCAAAGAUUACUCCUUUCGGCUCUGACUCAUUUAUACUAUCAGGUACAGGAUCUUUGUCAGGGUACUCAUUAACCAAUCAACUCCUUUAUAAUUUGACCACGUUAUCAAUCGAACCAAUUUUCAACACUUCCAUAGAAGAAGUCAAGACAAUUUUAAUUGAUGAUUCGUUAGUAUAUUUUGGUGGUAAUUUCACUGUUCUCAAUGGCACCUCAAAUAUCCAUAGUCUUAUUAUGUGGGACUCUACAAGCUCUUCAACGGAAUUUUUGAAUUUUGGAGGAUUCGGUGAAAAUUCCAUUAUAAACUCCAUAGUAAAAUUGAAUGACGAUAAUAUUUUGUUCGCAGGUGAAUUCUAUACAUUAGAUGAACCAGAUUUUUUGAUUCAGAACACCACCUCUUCUCAAAAUAACAUAUUUAACAGCACGACCGUUGAUAUUGGACAAUUAGUUCCUUUAAGUGCCUCAACUUGGGAUACAGGUGAAAGCACAUUUGAUUCUGAUACUUUUGUUUGUCCUGAUACCACUGAAGAAUCUUGGAUUCAAUCGGGUACAACCGGUUCUUUAACUUGCAAGUUGCCAUUUGAGGUAGCCCCAACUAAAAUUAGAAUCUAUAACUCACCAAAUGAAGACAAUCAAGUUUCAUUAUUCAGGAUCCUUACCAAUGAGGCACAAGGUAUUAUGAACUUGACUUAUAUUGAUCCAAUAAGCCAUGAACUAAAACAUUGUGAUGCUUUUUGUCCCUUAUACAGCAAGGCAAUACUUUCGCAGGCAUAUGCCAAUACCACUUCUCCUUCCGAUACAAUUCAUUUAUUAGCCGAUAACACUACUGAUAUUAAAUGGACUCAAGAGUUUCAAGAAUUUGCUUUCAUCAAUCAGAUCAGUGUAUCAUCGGUACAAUUUGUGGCUUUAGAUUCAUAUGGAAACAACGUCGCAUUAUCAAGCUUUCAAUUAUACCAAAAUGCCUAUGCUGUCUUCGCAAAUGACACUUUGAAUGAACCAAAUUGUAAUUCGAUUGAAUCAUCCUCUUCAUCCUCAUUGUCUGCAAACGAUUGGGAAAUGGGAUUAACUGGUCAAACAUAUAUCAGUACAACAUAUACUCCAAAUCAAGAUCCAGUCCCAUAUGUUUCCUUUUCACCACAAAUCAAGUAUCCAGGUCAAUAUUCAAUUAACAUAUAUACACCUGGAUGUACACAAGAUGACACUUGUUCAUCAAGAGCAAUUGUUAAUGUAACUGUUUGGGAUAGUGACGGUACUUCUAUUUUAGCCACCGAAUUGAUUUAUCAAAACAAUAAAGAAUUAAAAUACGACGAACUAUAUUCAGGCUAUUUAAGUUCGUCUCCAAGAGUUACUAUUGAAUAUGUUUCUGGUUUAUAUGCAUCGAAUACCGUCGCCACUGUUGUAGCAGAUCGUUUAAAUGUGUUGAUUGAUUCCUUGGAAGUGCCUGGAUUGACAUCAAAUGGUACGAAUAACACUGAAAUAAUGAAUCUAAACGGGUUAUUACAAUAUCAAAUAUCUAACUUCUCGACUUCUUCGUCGGAAACAACUGAUGUUAAAAUUACUAACACCUCAUUGAACCAGCUGUCCUUAGAACAAUUCUCCAAAAACACAUCUAUGUAUGCUGAUUUAUACGAUGAUAAUACGUUGCUUUUAGGUAAUUCUAAUGGUGGUAUAAAGGUUGUUAAAUUAAAUGAGAACAUGGAUAUAGAAAGCUCAAACGAAGCGAGUCUUACAGGUAACACCGCCGGCUUCUCAUCAUAUUCUGGUGGAAUAUUAGCCUAUGGUGAAUACAACUUAUCUUCAAAAAUUACGUAUUUAGUAAACUAUAAUGGGACCUUUAAUGAAAUACCAAACUUCAAUAAAAACUCAUCAAUUACCAAUGUAGUAAAUCUAACUAUCCAUGAUACUGAAUUACUAGUAAUCGAUAAUCAAGCUAUCUACAAUGUCUCUUCCUCCUCGACGAUAACAAAUUCGUCUGCACUUCAACUAUCGUUAUGGUCUUCUGGGUCUAAUCUUAAUAGAGAUACUGUAUUCUCCGGUGCAAUAGCUCUAUUAGACUACACUGAUUUAAAUGGUUCAAUUGCUAUUGGUAAUAAUUUCACAGUUACCAAUAUCACGAACAAUGUUUCAAGUACGAAUUCAUUAUAUACUGGAUUAUUUUUAAAUGAUUCAUUGAGUAUCUACGCUUCCAAAACAGAUUCAUAUUCUGAACUUUUGUUUUCAAAUGGUUACAGCGCUCCUUGGAGUUUUUUUGAAGGCAUUAACUACAUGGUAUAUUCCAGCCAUCAGACAAUGCUGGCUGUUGCUUCGUCAGACUUUAAUAAAAAUUCUGAACUUUCAAUAUUAAAUUUAACGACUUUCGAGACUAUUGCCAACGAGACACUUAAUGUUAACUCGAAAAUCAAUGGUUUAAUUAAUUUUGAGCACAAUUCAACAUUGAUUGUCGGUGGUAAUUUUACAAUCCUACAAUCGAAUUGCUCCGGCCUUUGUCUGUAUAACUAUGAUUCGAAUGAAUGGUUGACUUUUGCUAACCACUCAAUCAAUGGUACCAUUGCACAGAUGGAAUUAAUAAAUGGGACCCAGCUGUUGUUAUCAGGUCUUUUCAACGCGCAAAAUAUAUCUUCAGUAAACCUGGCAAUCAUGGAUCUUUCAACCUAUGCCGUUUCUUCCAUCAAGAUGGGAGAUGCCAAUAUUCUUCAAUCAUUUGCAACAAUUGGUGAUAAAAUAAUAACAUGGAAUGGUAUUAUGUUGGAAUCAUAUGAAAAUGGAGCCUGGAGUACGAUACAGAGUAAUUUCAAUUCAUCUACCACAAUUCGAUCCAUCGAACCUAUUGGUUUUGGCCCAACUCUUCAAAAAAGAGAUGGUACAGGAUCUGCCGAUGGAUUCAUUAUUAACGGGAAUAUUUAUGAUACAGAAUACGGUACAAUCCAAGCGAUGAUAUACAAUUUUAAGGAAUGGAGACCCUAUUACAUAAUAUCUUCUACGAAUUCUCAAAUUGCAGGGCAAAUAUUCAUGAACCGUGAUGAUUCAGCACUAUACAAUUCACAAUCCGUUCUACAAAACCCGAACAAUGCAACUGUCACAACACCUUCAUCCACUUCUUCGGGGACGCCGUCAGCAACACAUUCAUCACAACCGCACCAUCAGAAGCAAGUUGGAAGAAAGAAGAUAGACCGUGGGUUUGUUGUUCUUAUCGGAUUAGCAUUGGCAUUAGGAACUGUAUCUUUACUCGGUAUAAUUGGACUCGUACUAGCAUACAUUUUUAAAGAUGGCGAUGGGAGUCAUGAUGCUCUAAACCCUCGUACUAACGAAGAUGAGAUGCUAGAGACUGUCCCGCCAGAAAAAUUGAUGAAGUUCCUUUGA